AUGGGGCGCCGAGUAUUGUCCUGCGAGAUUGACCCUGCAAGCACCCGUUGUGCGCUUACAGCGUCUAUCCGCCUUUCGCUGACUUACGAGGCCGAGGCUGAUGCUGACGAGGCCCCGCGGUGGUCGCUAUGGUACAUUGCCGAUGCUGUCUACUCCUCCACGAGGGUGCUUCUUUUCCGUGCGGAGGACUCGAUGAAGGAAGGUGAAAGGGAAAUGGAAAUAAAGAAGGGGGGUUCAUUUAUGAUCUCGAGGCGGGAGGGGACAGAGAGGCGGUGCCGCUUUUUAACGGUGUGUGUGAAUGACUUCGCGGGGUCGCUAGAGCAGGUCCCAGUGCGGUCCCUUUCUCAAGUCGGCCUUUUGCAAAUCUGCGAAGACGGCGGCCAUUCUGCUGAGGCGCCAGAGGGUGAUGAAGAGGUUCUUAUUAGCAUUGUCUGCCAUGUCCGUGAUGUGGUUGCAACACCACCGGGCGGCAUCCCUGCCCCCGUUAAUGAAAACCUAUCCUAUUUGAUGCGAUGUUUGUACAAUCCAAUGGAAUGA